AUGGACGUGACUUCCCCAGUGCCCGUCUUGGGCAUGGAGACGCAACCCGGCACCUCCAAUAGCACCCCCCCAGAGCUCAACCUGUCCCGCGCACUCACUGGCACCGUCCUGGCGAACCAGACAGGAGAGCUCUCCGAGCACCAGCAGUACGUGAUUGGGCUUUUCCUCUCCUGCCUGUACACCAUCUUCCUCUUCCCCAUCGGCUUCGUGGGGAACAUCCUGAUACUGGUGGUGAACCUCAGCUUCCGGGAAAAGAUGACAAUCCCGGACUUGUACUUCAUCAACCUGGCGGCGGCUGACCUCAUCCUGGUGGCCGACUCCCUGAUUGAGGUGUUCAACCUGGACGAGCAGUACUAUGACAUCACUGUGCUGUGCACCUUCAUGUCCCUCUUCCUCCAGAUCAACAUGUACAGCAGCAUCUUCUUCCUCACGUGGAUGAGCUUUGACCGGUACAUCGCCCUGGCCAAGGCCAUGCGCUCCAGCCUGUUUCGCACCAAGCACCACGCCAGGCUGAGCUGCGGCCUCAUCUGGAUGGCCUCUGUCUCCGCCACGCUGGUGCCCUUCACCGCGGUGCACCUGCAGCACACGGAGGAGGUCUGCUUCUGCUUUGCAGACGUCAAGGAGAUCCAGUGGCUGGAAGUCACCUUGGGUUUCAUCAUCCCCUUUGCCAUCAUUGGCCUGUGCUACUCGCUCAUCGUCCGGGUGCUCGUCAAAGCUCACAAACACCGAGGCCUGCGCCCGAGGAGGCAGAAAGCCCUCCGCAUGAUCUUCGCAGUGGUCCUCGUGUUCUUCAUCUGCUGGUUGCCAGAGAACGUCUUCAUCAGCGUCCACCUGCUGCAGCGCACACAGCCAGGAGCUGCUCCCUGCACGCAGUCUUUCCGCCAUGCCUACCCGCUAACUGGCCACAUCGUCAACCUGGCGGCUUUCUCCAACAGCUGUCUGAACCCCCUCAUCUACAGCUUUCUGGGGGAGACUUUUCGGGACAAACUGAGGCUGUACAUUGAGCAGAAAACCAACAUGUCAGCUCUGAACCGUUUCUGCCAUGCUGCCCUGAAGGCAGUCAUCCCAGACAGCACCGAGCCGUCGGAUGUGAAGUUCAGCAGCGCCGUAUAGAGGCGGCCGAGCGGUGUCAGCACAGGCCCAACACUGUGUCACCCCAG